AUGCCGUUUCGGGGUCCGCAUGUGAUAGCCGAGCAGUUGCAGGUGCCUGAGUCUUUGAAGCGGUUGCAAGAGCAGUUUGUGGGUCUGGCUCGACCGAUGGCGGAGUUUGUGUAUGAGCGAACGACUGAUAUGCCAUUGUGGGCGAGCAAGAUGAAUGGGGCUCCAUAUAUACCCCUGUCGGCUGGAGUACAUCCGAAAGGUUGGCGAAUGCUGAUCCAAAUCAACUUCGGUGAGGUGCCCCGUGCCACUGAAACCUGGCCGGGACUAGAAGGUUUCCCAGAACAGGGUUUAGUUCAGGUGUGGUGGGGCAAACAGUCUGGUGAUUGCAGCAAGACUGGCAUCGUCUUUUACGAUGAGGUAAUUCAAGACCCCGAACAACUACAGACUGUGUUUCCGUACAAGUACGCAGAUACGAUUGAGCCCUGGGACGAUGCGUUCGUCAAAACGGCCAACAAAAGAGCGGAAGAGAAACGGGUUUCUAAAGCCAUUCAACUUUUACCGACACCCGAUCAUGGGGCGUUGAACCAUGGAUCGUCAAAGCAUAAUACGGCGACCCAGAAAGAUGGCAGAGAGAUAUACAUGUAUAUUACUGACCCCAAAUUUGGGUACACUACGGACCCCCCAGAUCACGUAAGCCUUGCAGAAUCAGAAGAAGACUUGGACGCCAACCCCAAAACGAAAAGCGAUAAGAUCUAUGGCCUCUAUGGGGACGAGGCAUGGCCCACAAUCGUUUCCGACCCUCCCUACCAAAUCAAAUACAAUCGAGGCUAUUCAUUGCCACCACCCGGAUGUCGUGACUACCAUAGACAAAAUUGGCCAGAUGACAUCGACCCGGAUACUCUCUGGGAAUAUCUUCGAAAGGCAGCCACUCCACCUAGCGACUCCUGUCUCGGAGGGUACCCCACAUACACUCAAGAAGAUUCCGACGAACGACCAGAUGUACAACUUAUUCAAAUAGGCUGCUCUCAUAAUACGAUGUUUGGAGAUGCUGGUUUGGGCCACUGGUUUAUUAGUCUUGACUCUCUCAAACGGAAAGACUUUAGCAACGUGGUAUUCAUGUGGGACUGUUGUUAA